AUGAACCUCACCCCUCUCUUCCUCCUCCUCCUGCCCCUCGCCCUCGCCCACCCUUCACCCCACGUCAACCCCCACAGACGUCUCGCCAGGUCGAUCGCACACGCCGACGCGAACCGCCCCAUCCUCGCCAGGGCCGGCGGUGUCAUCGACGACGCUACAGAAUCCUCCAUCGCUGCAGACCAGGCCGCGAGCACCAGCGCUGCCCGCCCUUUGACAUCUGCCGCGGCUAGUGGAAGGAGCACGUCGGCGGCGGGGGAGGCGAGCACGAGCGCGGUCGCGAGUAGCAGUGCCGCGGCUAGUAGUAGUACGGCGGCGAGCAGUAGUGCGGCCGCAAGCUCGAGCGCGCCAGUGUCGAGCAUCGUGUUGAGCACCAGUGCGGCGUCGAGCAGUGCUGCCGAGAGCAGCUCUGUUGUGCCCUCCUCUACCUCUUCCGAGGCCGCCACCUCGACAUCCUCCUCUGUCGUUGCGAGCUCAACAGCCCCUGCAUCAUCCUCCGAGGCUGCCACCAGUACGAGCAGCUCUUCCUCAUCGUCCUCGUCCUCCUCCUCAGUCAUCCCUUCCACCACCACCGUUGCUCAGUCCACCACCAGCCAAGCCGCAGCUUCGACCUCGUCUCCCUCUUCUUCCUCCACUACCGACCACUCUACCGUCGUCCUUGUUACCACCGCCUCCCGAUCCCACUCAUCAACCGCAUCUUCUACUGCCUCGUCUGCUGCGGAUAGCUCAAGUACCUCGAGCAGUGGAUUGAGCAAGGGCGCUCUGGUGGCCAUCAUCGUGGUGGCCAGUAUCGUCGGUUUGGUGAUCAUUGGAUGGACGGCGUUUAGGAAAUGGAAGCUCAGGCCUUCCAACAGGUUUGGCAACAAGAUGCAGCCCAUCGACUUUAGCCCUCAGAAUGACAACAUGGACGAUGACUUCUUUGAAAAGACUCUCCACCGAACCGCCUCCCAAUCGUCUACCAAUCGACAGCGCCAAGAGCUUGUUGCCCAGCUCGACGAUCCCAACCAGGUCCCUGGUGUGCCCGCCCACGACUUUACCGCCGGCUCCGCUGCUGUCGGCGCUGGUGUCGGCGCCUAUGGCUACCAUGAUGACGGUUACGGCCACGCCGAGCAAUACGAGUACGACCAGUAUGCUGCUGCCGGCGAGGGCCAGGCUUACGAACACGCCUAUCCUCCUCAACCUUCCCAUGCUGCGCCCCACGGUUACGACUAUCCUCCCACCUCUCCCAUCGGCGGCCUUACGAGUCCUCUCCAGGUUCUCGGCACUGCCAUCACCACGGGCAGCAAUGAAGGCUACGCCGACUUGCAGCGCGGGCCUAGUAUUGGCAGUGGUAGCGGCCAUGGGCAGGCGGGGGUUGCGAGGGCUAUGAGCCCGCAGGGUAUGUAUCUGCAGGAGCAGCCGAUGAGUGCGGGAGAGAUGCACUUCCCUAGUGAAAUGCACUUCCCCAACCCUCAUGAUCAGCAGUAUGGUGGUUUGGGUAGGCCGACGGCCGGGGCUGGUGCCGAUGGACCUUAUGCCCAAGCUUCCGCUUUCCGAUACUGA